UAUAUAAAAAGCCGAUCUCGGAUGACAGAAAUUAGUUUCGUGCAAUUAACAAUUCAGUACAAGCACUGAAGUAUACUUUGCACAAAGACAUUUAAUUUUUCAUCAUGGCUCGAAGUCACAUCGUUUCUGCGAUCUUUCUGACGUUCUUUUCGGCAAGUAUGAUACAGGGAGCAGUAAUAACGCAAGAAAGAAUAUUACCACAAUUAUUACACCCCCAAGCUUUUCCCAAUCUUGUGAACGCUGCAAAUAUACCCAGGUUUGGCGAGUUAUAUCAUAAUACUGCGGCAUCAGCAGCUAAUACACUAUCAACUGCUGCUAACGGCUUCAGAACGCACUUCGAUGAUUUCCGUACUGGUUUGAGGGAUUAUAUAACUGUUCCACCUCAAUAUGGUGCAUUGCAUCGUUUCGUGCAUGGAGACGUAUGGCCAAAUUUUGAGAAUCGUGUAGUAUCAGCUCCUGGUCGUGUAGCGCCAGGUUUUUUAGGCAAUUACGGAGGUAAUGGUGGUGCUGCUUCCGCUGCAAGUGCCGCCGCUGCAUCUCCAGGAGUCUAACAAAGCGUUAAGAUUUGCAAUUUAUUUUAAAAUAUUGAAGCUAAAACAAUUAUACUAUAUGUUAAUUAAUAUGCACAAUAUAUUGUACGAUGCACAAUAGAUUUAAAUAAUGUUCUUGAUAAACUUACUAAUAGUAAGUAUGAUUAAGUACAUGGAUAAAACCAUUUUGAGUAUCAUGUAACUUCAACAUUUGUUAAUUAGACAAUAGUUGUAAGAUGCCUGUUCCUUGACAUAAAAAUGAAAACUUAUGUUAUUUUAUUAUGUACACUAAAAUAUUAAUUGUGUGACAAUAUAUUUUACUAUCAAUA